UUCCGAGGUUUUACCUUUUACGCAUGCUCCGUAUGUCAAUUGUUGUCUACUAUGCCUUUUACAGGAAAGUACAAUUCUAGUCUACAUACUUUCAAAUGUCGAUGGGAAACGUUAGCUGUCGCAUUCUGGAAGCGUUAUCCUAACCCUAUGAGCAAGCAUGUUCAUUCUGAAGAUGUGAUCAGUAGAGAACUGGAGGGAGAAAAGCUCAGAACGAAGCGUUUGCUGUUUAAAUCAAAUAGAUUGCCAAAAUUUGGAGAAAGAUUCGUGACACACGGAUCUCAGGCUAUUGUUGUCGAAGACUCGAUCGUCGAUCCAAAACAACAGAAACUCACCACAUACACAUGGAAUGUCAAUCUGAGGAGAUUAAUGACAGUAGAAGAAAAGUGCGUGUACUCUGCAUCACCAGACAACAAGGAAUGGACACAUUGUGUGAAAGAGUCGUGGAUACAGUCGAGUGUGUUUGGGUUUUCUCGGCCACUACAGGCAUUUGGUAGUUCACGUUAUAAAGAAAACAGCAAGAAGGCAACUCGUGGCCUUGAAUACGUCAUCGAGAAGAUGAACGAUACUCAGCCAACUGCAACUAUGAAGGCAUUUCCUAAUAUCAAAAUUGAACCUCAACUAGCAUGAUAAGACAACCAAAUAGUUUAUAGUAAUUAAGACAUAGCAACUAUAGAGUAGGGCUGAUUAAGAUAUCCCGGAUGUAAUAUUGGCAGUGUCCCGUAUAUCUUAAGU